UCGUUAUCUAUUUUCUGUCGCGUCCCCCUUUAGACUUCAAUAAAACUGCGUUUAGCGCUGUAUUCUAGAUCAUUUCAGUCCUGAUGCAGCGCAUUCGUAUACCGUUACAGCAUCUAUGGCUCUUUCCAUUCAUAUCCGGUACAGCGUGGUUUGUGACGCUAGCCGUGCUGCUGAUUACCUGGUUCGCAGAAGGCAUGCCCAAGUACCCGUUGCAGAGUAACCCAUAUGUUGCUUUCAUAUCCGACAUCGCCGCCUUCACGUUGAAACCCUUCUUCCUCACGGGCGCCUCCAUCACGGGAAUAACCUAUAUCGCGACCGUAGUCCUCGUCCACUUCGCCCGCUACGACCACCGCGUCUACGGCAUCGCCGACGUGCGCUGGAAAAAAGCCCUCUCAAUCUUCGCCAUGGUGUGCGGCAUCAUCGCUGGUCUCGGACUCGUCCUCCUCGGCAUCAUGGACACGGCCCGCUACCGCAUCGCGCACCAAUAUCUCCUCCUCGCCUGCCUCCUCGGCAUCGCAGGCAGCGCGGUGAGCACGACAGUGGUGUACUGGGAUCAGGUGUGGAAGCCGAGUCCGUUUCGGAAUUUGCGGGUUUAGUACGUCUACCUAUCCCAUCGAACCCUAUCUCUCUCCCCUCUCACAUUUCCCAGCGCAGCCAUCAGCGCAGCCACCGUCCUCGCCGACUUCGCUCUCGCCGU